AUUUUCUCUCUCGUCAGUGGUAGCAAAGGAAAUUCUCUCGACUGUGGUACGUUGCAUUGUUGUUCACUUGUUCGACAAACGAGCUGCAACAAGAACCAGACAAGAUCGAUAGAGUGAGAAGGCAGGACUGAGAACCGAGGGAAUUCCCAGUAGAAGGAGAAAUUUAGCAAACCUAACAAUGGCGAUUUCCGGCUAUCUAAGAGUCUCUGCAACUCUUCAUCUUCAUCACUCUUACCCUCGUCGAAGUGCUUUGUCAUCCCCGAAGGUAGACUUCUCUAGUUCCUUGAAUGGGGCAUCCAGCAUCUCUGAAUUUACACCAAAAUAUCCCAGCAUGGCAGUUAGACAUCAUGGUACCCGCGGUCAAUGGAAGCCAGUUUCUGCAGUCAGUGGAGAUCGUAAUCUGUCACCAAAAUUUGCUACCCAAGAAGCAGAGAAUUUCCUCCUUGAUGCUGUUAAUAUGAGCUUCUUUGAACGACUGAGCUUGGCUUGGAAGAUAGUUUUCCCAUCAGCAGUGUCUAGAAAAAGUUCAAAUGCUAGGAUUGCCAAGCAGCGUCUAAAGAUGAUUUUGUUUUCUGAUCGAUGUGAAGUAAGCGAUGAGGCAAAGCGCAAAAUUGUUGACAACAUUGUGCGGGUUUUGUCUGACUUUGUGGAAAUAGAAUCACAGGACAAAGUGCAGUUGAGUGUCUCUGCUGAUACUGAUAUUGGAACUAUUUACUCUGUGACAGUGCCUGUUCGGCGUGUAAAGCCGGAAUAUCAGGAUCUGGACGAAUAUGGGACAAUAACUAACAUCGAGUACAAGGAUAUCGGAGAUAGUUCAGGUUCGGUUGAUGUUAGAUUUGACUUUUAUGUUCCGGAUGAGAGGUCAUGAUUUCUGAACUGAAAGUUUGGACAAGACUAUUGAAAAAUUUGUGUUAGGAAUUUUUACUAGUUUAACCAUGUUAUGACUGUGUAUAUAAUUGAGACUUGAGUAAGGGAAGACUAGGAGCUUUUCCGUUUGACUAUACUACCUUCAUUUUGUUUGUUUUGAUGUUUAGCUGAGCUAAAUAUGCCUUGUUAUUUUCAUUUGAGAUCUAUGAUAAGCUCUUCUUUGAAGCCA